UGAAAGUAUAGUGUAUAGCCUAAGCUUCUUUUUAUUCGUAUUAAAUCGUAACUAACUGCACAUGCGUUUUAGCAAUGCAUGCAUCAUUAUUCAAUUUUGUUGAUUAUAUCGAAUCAUAAAUACAGAUGUGACCACGAAUCUGUGCAUUGGUUCUUUUAGCUGUUAGGUAUGUCCUUAACCUGCGUAACUUCCUUGGCCACAAAACAUUAAUUCAAGCAUCUUUUACCACUUUAACUAAUUAAUAUACAUAUAACGGUGUUUGAUAUUAGGAUAUUAAUUGACUUUUUUUUUCAAGUUUGCCCUUGGAUUAAUUGAUUGGCUGAUAGAUAAUACACAUACUGGUUCUUUCGUUUUGCUUCCAUACUACUGAAACUGCCUCGUGUACGGUUGGUAUUACCUAGUCAAAUUACGAGAACCAAACACGUUAUUAUAGUGUAAAGUCAUUAACUAAUACCCGUCGCAAACUCGAUAAAACCAUAUAAAGUCUUCGCUGAUUCUAUGUUCUCCAACGUUUUUAUUAAUUUUCACCAAUAAAACAUAGUUAUUUAAUUAUAAAGCGAUAGUUUUGGCGGUGCUGUGACAUAUUCACCAAAAGAAGACCACAAAACUAUUUUUAAUUUACAAAAAGAAACUACUUUUUAAUUUCAUUUUCUUAACUAAAAGAACCCAAUUUUGGCAUAGAAGAGAAGUGAAGAAACUAUGUAAAUGACAAGUAACAAAAGGUAGUUUCAAAAAAAAAGUAACAAAAGGUAUAAAAAGUUUGUAAUCUAUUUUACCAAAAAAAGUUUGUAAUCUAAGAGAGAUGAAUAUUGAAAAUACUAAAAUAACCAUCAAUUGAGUCCAUUCCAUUCGUGUUCGUUUUGCAUAUAACUAUGAUGUUCUUGACGUGUUGCCAAAUAUAAUCUUAUCCAAACACAUCUUCAAAAAGCUUUUGUUUUAUUUGUUCUUGUUAUCUAUCUAGAAUUGUUAUUUAAAUAAGGAUCACUUGGUCACCAAGUGUUGGUGUCUCUGUUGGUUGCACUUAACAAAUGAGAAUGAUAACGUCAUUUGUCGCGUUCGUUAAGCACAUCAAAACACUGAAAUACGUAGUCCAAAUUGCAUUGAUGCGGCACUCUGGGGAAAACGACAAGAUAUAUUAAAAAGAACGACAAGAAGUCUACACACAAAAAAAAGAAACGGCACAUGUGAGAUGAGAAAAGUGCAACUUCUAAAUAAGCAAAUGGGAAAGAUCUGGAAUGUGUCAAAUGUCAAUCCAUAAGGAAAAAGCAGCGUGGCAAAACGGUGAAUCAGUGAUCAGACGGAUAUUAAUUCGAACCUUAAAUUUUCGUAUCUACAUCUUUUUUUCAUUAGAGAUUUUUUGAACAUCAACAUAGGCAAAAGAUUCAUUGUAUACAACUAAUGCUAACUUCACAGGUAACAAGAACCGCCUUCUAUUAUUCUCAUGGUUGAGAGUCGCCAUAAACUCGGAGGAGAUCAGCCUCUACAGUUGUGAAGUCCGUUUGGUCUAUAUCCCGCUUAGUUGUAUUAUGUGCGUCUUUUCUUAUUUACACUUUUUACCUUCGAUCUCAGCGAUAAUAUGGAAGACUGCAUAGCGUGCAUGACAUCAACAGCUAAGCUAACAAACAUGCGUGAGAUCUAGAAUAUCAACUUAAAACACACAAAAAAUCAUAAAAAGCAUUCAGAAAACACUCUAAGACCAUGAUUAAUCCCAGUCUCUUAAAUGAGGUUCUUAGCUUCGGAUAAAAGAUGAUUUUUAACUCUUUUUUUUUAGAUUUUAGCUAAGAAAAACUAAGAACCGUUUCUUAAAUAAAAGAUAUAAGAGCCGUUUCUUAGCCAAAAAAAAAAUAAAAAAAAAACAAAAAAAAAACCAAAAAUAUCAAAUCAUUUGUUAAGAACCCCGGCUAAGAGACCGGAGCUAAUGAUACAGAAUAAGCCAAAACAAGCACAAUCCAUGCAAACAGGCACUCACCACAAGCUUUCCAACAAUUGGAAGACAAAGCCUCUGGCUUUCAAGUUUCAAGGCUUCAGUUGCUAGCAAAGAAUUCAAAUGAUCCAUGUCCAGAAGAGACCAUUAAUCUUCUAUAUAGGUAACCUGUCUAAAGUUUCAAAAUAGAGUGAUUUCGUUAUCAUCAAUAUAGCAAUUACAAACAAUGAUACAAAAUAGCUAGAAGUUCAUAUUCUCACCUUCUCCUUUAAGAUGAAAGCUAGUUUCAGUUUCUUCAUCAGAAAGAGCAACUUGAUCCGUUUCAGAGUGACAAAAUGGCGAGAUUGAUACCCAUGCAUUCCACAGGUUUUUCUGGACUAUAUUACUUUUUCAUGCUUAUUAUCAUUCAUAUUUGCAUUGGUGAUCACAUCAGCAUCGGAAAAUUAUCAGCAUGCAACGCAAUCCAAAACGUAGAGAGGAACAAAAGUGAAAUAAAAUCCUGUUCUCGGUCCUCUCACCAGAGAAUGAUUAAGUAUGCCAUGUUAAUAGAUUAAAAAAAUUGUGUAUCCUCCCAUCGGGUUAACAUCGCCGAUUAAAUAAAAAAGUUUUGGAAAACACAUAUUCUAUUAUUCUUUUAUUUUAAUCAAUAUAUAUAUAACUUUUUUUUUGUAACAUUCAAUAUAUAUAUAUUUUUUUUUUCAGGUAGGUUAACCUAAUCUCUUUUAACUAUUAAAAGAGAGGGAGGGAGGAAAAAGAAAAGCCGUCACACUCAUACUACAACCUUCCUUCGUUGAAACUUGAAAAGAUGACGAUGAUCUCUGAUCUUCCACAUGAUUUGGUAGAGAAUGUACUAUCGAGGCUUCCCCUGAUGACAUCUACCCGAAAGGUGCGCUCUACAUGCAAACGGUGGAACGCUUUAUCUAAGGAUCCCGACUUUACAAAACGCUUUGUUAAAGGGUUGUCAAGGCUGAUAAUCAUGAGAUCUGAAUUUAGGAUUUGGUUAAUGAGCGUCGAUUUCCAAGGUAGCCUCAACAAUAAGGACGACUUUGUUGCUCCAUAUGUUAAAGAAGGUAAACUUACUAGCCUAAACAAUUCAGAUCCCCAGAUAUCAAAAGUUUUUCACUGCAACGGGUUACUCUUAUGCUCGACCAAAGAUAUGCGUAGGCUCGUUGUUUGGAACCCGUACUUGGGACAAACUAGGCGGAUCAAACCUAGAAUAGCUUUCCACAAACGCGACAUCUAUGCUCUCGGUUAUGACGUAAACAAGAACCAAAAAAUAUUGAGGUUUUUGGAUGAUAACACUACAUUUAGAAACCCCUAUUUUGUAUAUGAGAUAUACGAUUUAAAGUCUAGCUCAUGGAGGGUUCUUGAUGUCAAUGCUGACUGGGAGAUAGAUUAUUAUCAUCGUGGAUUGUCUUUGAAGGGAAGUGCUUACUUUUUUGCUAAAGAAAAAAUGGAAUGGGAUGGAGAAGAAGGAGAAGAAGGAGAAGAAGAAAUAGAUGUAACAGACCAAGAGACGUUUCUGCUUUGUUUUGAUUUUACAAGAGAGAGAUUUGGACCGCGUCUGCCUCUGCCGUUUCACUCUCAUGCUGAAGAAACUGUGGCCCUCUCUAGUGUUAGAGAAGAGCAGCUUGCGGUGUUAUAUCAGGGGGAUUCAUCGUGUCUAGUAGAGAUAUGGGUUACAAAUAGAAUUGAGCCUAAUGCAGUGUCAUGGAGCAAGUUGUUUUUAUCAGUGGAUAUUGAAACACUCUUUGGUCCCCAUCUGCUUCAUUUUGCCGGUGGGAGUUUCAUCAUUGACGAGGAACAAAAACUCGCAGUGAUUUUUGAUAAAGACGAAGAAGAAAUGUACAAUAAAGCUUACCUAAUUGGGGAGAAUGGAUGCUACAAAACAUUGGAUCUCCAAGAGGAUACAUACCACCGAGCAGAAACUGGAGAAUUCACUAGUAUGCCACUCGUGUGCUCUUAUUUUCCUACAUCGGUGAAGAUCCAGCAACGUGCAAGACGAGGCAAAAGGAAAGAACGAGAUUAUUAGAAUCAUUUGGUUUUAUUGUGUCAUCUCCUUUAAACAAGAUUAAGUUGUUUCUGUUUGAUUAAUAAAACAGUUUUUGCU